AAUUAUUCUAGAUUAUUGUUUAGAUUAAAUAAAAUUUAAUUUAUAAGAUAAAAGUGAAAAUUAUGAAAAUGUGUAAAUUAUAAAGCAUAUUGAAUUAGUAAAAUAAAAACAAUAAUUGGUCUAUUGAAUUUUUAUUUUUAUUUUGAAAAAAUUCAGUAAAAUAUAUGUCUUUAUUUGUAUAGUAUUGGUCCUGCCGUGUUUGUGUUUAGGGAGUAUAAUAUGAGAUUGCACCCUAGUGGUAAAAUGCUAUUGAGUGCUAACGCCGUUGUUUUUUUAGAAGGUUAAGUAAAAGUGCUCGGAAUAAGUUUUAUUUAAUAAUUUUUUGUUUAAAUUAUCGAUUUCUAAUAUUUAACUUUUGAUUUAACACUUUCUCAUCCGACACAGUUGAGUAACCAUAACACUUUUGUACAACGUUCCACAAUUGAUCCUGAGAAUAAGUCACAAUUGAUUCAAAACAAAUAGUUUGAAUAAGAUUUUAAAGAUGAAAGCAUCGCAAAGCGUUUUGCUCAUUGCGUUUUUGUUCUUCUCACAGUCUCUCGUACACACCUUCAAACAUGACAACUAUGUCGUUGAUACUGCCUUUCUUCAAGAUAACGUGUUGGAUGAGGCUAAUGAAUUUAGUGAAUUAUUCUUGUCAGAGCUUGAGGUGUUUAACAACAACGUACUUGAAAAGUUGGCAGAUCGUCUUCUCACCAUCCUCAAUAAAAGAGGCGUUGACAUGAACUCGCCAGCCAACGUAAAGAAUCUUUUCAAUUUUCUCCAAAAUGCUGAUUUGGUUGACGAUGAAGAAGAAGAAAAGCCAAAGUCUUUCAAGCAGAAGCUAUGGAUGGGUCUUAAGAAGGCAGCCAAAGGGAUAGGAAAACAAGCUCUGGUUCACGCAACAAAGGUGUUAGUGGGAUAUGGAGUUAAAGAAGGAAUGCCGGAACUUGAAAAUAUUGUCAAAAAUUCACUCACGGCACUGCCUGUGAAACUCAAAGUUGCCAUAGCCCCGAUAGUCUACACCUUGUUCAAAAACUUGUUCAGAAAGGCCAAAGUUAGCCCUCCGCCGGGCUUCAACCUAAACGAGAUUAUACUCCACGGACUCAACGAACAUGAUAGAAAAAUUGCUCUGAAAUAUAUGACCAAUGGUAUUAAGAAGCUUUAACCCAAACACGCCGAUUUAACCUCUUUACUCUGAUUUAACCUCUUUACUCUGAUUUAACAGUAUAAAAAGGUAUUUAAUCACUUUUAGAAGGAUAGAUGAAAUGCCCGUGAUUUAACCCAAAACAAGGAUUUAACCAAAUUAACAUGAUUU